GGAAAGGAAACAAAAGUUUAGGUGUUCGUGGCAUGCUGUCUGAGAUCAUACUUGCCUUUCCCUCCCUCUCUCUGAGAUCACAUCUCUCUCUCUCUCUCUCUCUCUCUCUCUCUCCGCGGGUGUCGAAAUCAUCUUCUCCUUUUCUUUCUCUCCUCACCCUCUCCCCCAAAUUUCCACACCAUCCUCCCCAUAUAAUAUAUUUUAAUGUCUCGCGUGUGUAUAUAUACUUACAUGCAUAUACAUAGACCCCCAACUUCACAACUCCAAGAAGCUUCCUCUUUAUUGUCUCCUUUCCUUUCCUUAUCUCAGGCCCCUUUUUGUUAAGAAGACUAAAGAUUCGAACUUUAGAGUUGAUUAGUACUUUUGUGGGUCAAAAGUGUGUUGAAUUCUUGUGGUGUUGUGAUGGGGUUUGUUGAUUUUUUCAAUGGGUUUUAUCACAAGAAACACAUGAAGUUUCGUGGGGCUUUUAAUGGUGUUUGUGCUUCUGUGCUACUUGUCUUCUUGUUUUACCAAAAGGGUAUUUUUAAUAGUCCACUACAAGAUCAGUCUUUGGUUGUUGCCAAGAAUUGGGAUUUUAGAGGGGAUCUGCUGCACAAUGAGACUGUGAUUCGAAGGAAUUUAAAUGAAGUUGGCUUGAAUAUAAGUGAUUUUGAAGAAGAUAUACUGAGUGAUUUGUUUGCUGAAGAGCCUGAUGCUUGUGCUGGAUUGUAUGAUCAUGAAGGCUUCAAUAGCCAGUGUGAGUUCUUGACUGCCUAUCCUGAAUGUACAUCAGGGGGCUUUUUUGAUUACAUCCGGUUUUUCUCUUGUGACUGCGAGAAUGUUAAAAUUUUGGGUUUUGUGGCAUUGGGAGUUUGGUUGAUUGCUUUGUUUUAUCUAUUGGGUAAUACUGCUUCAGACUACUUUUGCUGUUCUCUCGAGAAGCUAUCAGAUCAAUGGAACUUGCCGCCUACUGUUGCUGGGGUGACUCUUCUCCCGUUGGGUAAUGGGGCACCUGACGUGUUUGCUAGCAUUGCUGCUUUUGUUGGAAGUGAUGAAGGAGGCGUUGGACUUAACAGCGUGUUAGGUGGAGCUGUCUUCGUGACUUGUGUUGUUGUUGGGACUAUUUCUCUUAUUGUAGCUGAGCAACGUGUUCAGAUUGACAAGAAAUGUUUUAUAAGAGAUGUAGGUUUCUUUCUAUUUGCUCUUCUUUCCUUGCUUGUCAUUUUAAUUGUUGGGAAGUUGAGUAUUGGUGGUGCAAUUGCGUUUGUUGCCAUCUAUGUUGUUUAUGCGAUCUCCAUCGUUGCAUAUGAGCUUUGGAGAAGAGGUUCACGAAGUUUGAAACUGCAUUCUGUUAGGCAAUUGUUACCUGUUGCAGGGAGUAUGUUUUCUCGGGAAAACGGAGACGAGGAGUCUUUAUAUACUGGACUUUUGGAAUCUAGAAACGAGGUGCCACACCUUCAAACCAAGUUACCUCACUGGAUGUGGGCUUCCAGUGUAGUAAUAUAUGCAAAUGAUUCCAUAGAUGCUAAUUUGCAGGAGACCCCAAAGCUUCUCUGGGGCUGGAACGACGAGGAGACAACAGAGAACUCAUAUCUUUCAUGUUCUAGGAUAUGCUCUUUUCUGGAAUUACCAUUCGUACUCCCCAGACGAUUGACCAUUCCUGUAAUUGAGGACAAUCGCUGGUCAAAGGGGUAUGCUGUGGCCAGUGCUUCACUGGCCCCUAUUCUUCUGGCAUUUAUUUGGAACACCCAAGAUAAUCUUAAUUUCUGGAAUGGUGAAAUUGCAUAUAUAGUUGGAACAGUAGCUGGUUGUGCUCUUGGUUUUCUUGCUUUUAAGUUCACUUCAUCAGAUCAGCCACCUCAGAGUUACCUGUUACCAUGGAUUCUUGGCGGCUUCUUUAUGAGCAUCAUCUGGUUCUACAUUAUUGCCAAUGAGCUAGUUGCUCUGCUGGUGUCUUUAGGUGUUAUAUUUGGAGUUAAUCCAUCUCUCCUCGGGCUAACUGUACUGGCAUGGGGUAACUCGAUGGGUGAUUUAAUGUCUAAUGUUGCACUGGCUAUGAAUGGUGGAGACGGCAUCCAGAUUGCCAUGUCAGGAUGCUUUGCUGGGCCAAUGUUUAACACCCUUGCUGGUUUGGGGAUCUCUAUGCUGCUUGGAGCCUGGUAUAAGAGACCCCAUUUAUAUAUAAUCCCUCGAGACACUAGCUUGUAUUAUACUUUGGGUUUUCUUAUGCUAGGGCUCGUAUGGUCACUCAUUGUCCUACCAAAAUCUGACAUGCGCCCUACCAAGGUUUUGGGCAUUGGCCUUAUGACUAUCUAUCUGAUAUUUCUUUCUUUAAGGGUUACCAUGGCCAUGAGUGAUGGGUCAUUAAUAGGAUCAGAUUGAGAUUAGAUUGGUUAUUGUACAAAAGAAACUUGUAGAAUAUGUAGAUAACUGUACUUCCUCUUUUUUUUUCUUUUUUUUCUUUUUUUUUUUUACAAAUAGCUAAUCUUGCAGCUUAUGCACCUUACAUUCCAGGCAUGUGGAUGUCAAAGCUUAAGAUGUAUUAACAUAAUCAAAUAGCACUACUUCCAUAGCAAGUUCAUGUAUGUGAUAAGUUCUGUGUUCGGAUUUCCGAAA